UUCUUCUCCCCACUGAAUAUCUCAGCUGCCCUGAGCAUGGUCCAGCUGGGUGCCAGAGGCAACACAGCCAAAGAGAUGGAGAAGUGUGAAGAAGCCGGAGGAGACCAUUCUCAGUUCCAGGAGCUUCUGCCUGCCCUUGGCAAAGCUAGUUCCACAUGCUCCAUCAGGAUUGCCAAUAAGCUCUUUGGAGAAGUGACUUACCAGUUCCUUCAGCAAUACUUAGACUCCACAAGGGCCCUGUACCAAGCAGAGCUGGAAGUGGUGAGCUUCAUUAACACUGCUGAAGAGUCCAGAGGGAAGAUUAACUCCUGGGUGGAAAAGCAAACCAGUGGGAAAAUUAAAGACCUGUUGCCUUGUGGCUCUGUUGAUCACACAACGGUGCUAGUUCUGGCCAGCGCUAUAUACUUCAAAGGGCAAUGGGCUGAAAAAUUUGUGGAGAAAAACACCAGGGAAAUGCCUUUCUGGCUGAACAAGAGAGAGCACAGGAAUGUGCAAAUGAUGUGUCAGACAGGACAAUAUAAAUUAUCCAGAAGACAAGAAGAGCAAGUGACAGUGCUGGAGCUCCCAUAUUCUGCAAAAGAGCUCAGCAUGUUCAUUCUUCUGCCAGAAAACAUUUAUGACGAGUCUACUGGCCUUGAACAGCUAGAGAGUGCUGUUACCUAUGAGAAUUUAGCAGAAUGGACCAACAUGGAGAAUGUGUAUUUGCAAGAAAUCACAGUAUACUUGCCCCGGUUCAGAAUGGAGGAGAGCUGCGAGCUCGAACCAGUUCCGCAGGCCCUGGGGAUGAGGGAUGCCUUCAUCCCUGAACAAGCUGAUUUCUCUGGGAUGUCAAGAGAGCCUGGGGUGUUCCUCUCCAAGGCUAUCCACAAGUCCUUUGUGGAAGUUAAUUAAGAAGGCACUGAGGCAGCUGCUGCUAUAGGGUUUAUUGUAUUUGGAUCACAAAUAACCUUCCACAUUCCUCACGAGUUCAGAGCUGACCACCCAUUCCUCUUCUUGAUCAAACACAAUCCAGGCAAGAACAUUCUCUUCUUUGGCCGAUGUUGUUCCCCCUAG